AUGGUAUUUUCGAAACCUUCUGAGAAGUCACAGUACUAUUUAAAAGAGCUUGACACAGCUCGUUCUGAAUAUAGGUGGUCUGAAAUCCCUGAGCUUGCUCGAAAAGUCACCAAACAUUCACCCGAGAAUGCUGCUUUUGCACAAACCAGUGUUAUUGAAGCUGAAAUGGAGAGCAGUUUAUUUUCUCAAGGGAUAGAGCUGCUUGCUCCUAAAAGCGUUCCAUUUUCCAAGUCGCUUGACGACUACGAACAAAAACUCCAAAAGAACUCCUCUCAACAAUUAAAUCAGGGGCUAAGCCCAGAGCAGAUUUUUAUCAACUCUACGGUUUAUGCACAUGCGCUUCUUCUUUUGCAAAAGUAUAAUAUUGUCGUGGAAGUUUCAUCUAAUUUCUCACAGUUUUUAAAUUUUAAUAACGGUUUAAACUCCUACACCAACAAAUAUACCCAGGUGAUGAUUAUCAAACACUUGGCUAUUGUUGGAACAGCCUAUGAAGCACUCAGUCAAUUUGACCAAUCAAUAGAAAUUUAUACAACUGCAGUUCCAUUUAUGUCCCUUAGUAUAGGGUCAAGUCCGGGACUUUUAUUCUGGGCAGAACAACUUUACUAUAGAUUUGGGAAACUUGCAGCUUCAUAUAAAUGGGACAAUUCUGAACUGGUUCUGAAAGCUCUUCGUGGCCAUGAAGAAAUUGCUGGAUUGUUAUCACAAAAUUCUACUACUUCUAAAUAUUACAACCGACUGGAUGGCCCGCAAAGAAAAAUCAGUAUUCUCAACAUACAUUUCAUAUAUUCUUCGGCCAUGCUUCAGAGUAACCCCAAUAGUCAAACGAAAGAGGAUGUUGAAAACUUAUCAAAGUUAUUUGAAAAGUUUCUUUUUGAGUCCACAGAAGAGUCAACUUCUUCUGAAUCUAAUCAAAACAUUGAACAGUUUAUAGAAACAAUCAUGCAAAACUGGCGCAAAACAAUGAAGUUUUCCUAUCCUCUUGAACAGGUUUAUACACCAGAAGACAAUAAAGAAACUGAAAAAAUGCUAGUGAUACUUAGACGUGCAACAAUCAAAACCUUUCAUUCAUGUGCUAUUAUGCGACAUUUAGUAUUCGUUCUUUCUGCUCUUGGUCAGCAUAAAGAAUCUUUGAUGGCAUUUGAUACUUAUGUUUCAUAUCAAGAAAAGGCCCGUCUUCAGCAAGAAAAGAGCAAUUUGAGCAAUAACAAUAUUGCGGUAACUUCUGGAAAUGAACCCAUUGAAAAUGCAUUGUCACCACAUCCCACUCAGACUUUGGUCACUGAUCCGCCGACUGCUUCUUCGUCUACUGCUUUUGGUGACGAUGAUAAAUCGGUAAUUAGGGUAUUUACUAAAGCCAUUAAUAUUUUGGUUCAGGUUAAGCAUGACGGUCUCAAAGCUAAAGAAACUGCUGAUAAACUCCGCAGCUGGUUUUACACCGAAGAAGAAGCUAGUGCAUUUUCGAAAGAAAAGUACGUUUCUUCUUAUCAUGGAGCCGAUAAAUAUAGGCCAGCAGAAUCUUCAAUUGAGCUUUCAACUGUUUGGUUUUCAAUUGCCAAUGCUUAUUCUCUGUUUGGUUUCCAAGCCUUCACCACAGCAGAACGUGAUCAAUCUUUCAUCUUGGCAGUGAAUUCUUUUGAAAAGAGUCUUUUCUAUACCCACGGCCAAAGUGAUGCUAAAAUUCUUGCCGGAUAUGGUUUAUUUCUUGCAAGAAUAUCUAAGAUUCCUAAAUCUUUGGAGGUUGUUCGAAGUGCUCUUCUUCUUGAUUCAAACAACUAUGCAUCAUGGCAUCUUAUGGCUCUUUUACUUUCUUCUCUAGGGGAUUAUGAUAAGGCUUUAAACGCAAUUAAUAACACAAUUGAUAUGAUUGAUGCUAGACGAGAUACGCUUACUACAUCUGAAAAGAGCAGCUUUUUGCAGAUCAAAAUCACACAUGUUGCGAUUUCCGAAGCUGUCUACGGAAUUGAUAGAGCUUUAGAGCUUAUUUCGGAGGUAUUUAUUCUAUUCGGAGAUCUUUUUCCAGAGGCCAAUAACCCCAGCACUGCUUUGGAAUCUGCUCCUGUUAAUGCUAUAAAAGUUCGUCCCACUUCUCUAGCAGUCUCUAACGGUGAUCUCAGACCCACCGUUAGUGCUGCUUCUUCGAAUCACGUAUCAGACCAAGCAUCAUUAAGGCCUAUUUUUUCCCGGCUCAGCAUAAAAAGGCUUUCUUCUAACAACCAAAACAAAAAACAUCAUUCACUUCAUAUCCCUCAUCCACAUCUUCACCCGAGCCAGAGUCAAAACCAAAAAUUUCCCAAGCCAUCGUUAUCCCUUCCCACGGUUAACAAACCAGUUUCCAAAAGACCUGCUCCACAAGUUCUUAAACCAUCUGAUGCUCUUCAAAAGAAAAACUUGGCUGAAUUAUGGAUUUGGGCAGCCAGUGUUUACAGACGAGCAGAGCUUUAUAAGGAUGCUGAGGAAGCUUUAAUUGAAGCAGAAAACGUUAAUGGGCCUACUCCUGCUUCUCAUGUCGAAUUGGGUCUUUUAAUCCUUAAAGAUCGACCUCUUCAUGCAAUGGAGGAAUUUGAAUCUGCAUUAGAAAAAGAUUCCAAUAAUCUAGCAGCGAUCAUUGCUUUUUCACAGUUAGUGUUAGAUCAUGUUGAUUUAAACAAAAAGUUAAAGCAACGCCAGGAAGAAAAACGGAAAAAGAUUGAAGAAGAAGUUCAACGAGAAAUUCGACUUAAUCAAACGAAUUCAUUUAGGGAUCCCUUUGAAAAUGUUGAUAUUGAAGAACCAUCUUCUGGAUUUAGACCAUACUACAGUGAUGAUGAAGAUGACGAGGAUGACUUUGAAAAUGGUGAAGAAGAAGACGACUUUUCUACUAAGUCUGAAUUUCAAAAAAGUACCAAGAUUGCUAAUGGCCACUCUAGACUUGCUUCAACUACAAGCAAAAGCCAGUCUAAACCAGACUAUUAUGCAAAUGAUGCAGCUAUGGAUGUUUUGUUUUUAUCUGAAAAGGAUGAGCAGGCUGCUAUAGCUCGUGCAUCAGGCCUUUUAGAAACCUUAGUUCACUCGGGCCAUGGUUUCAAUUCUUCAGAAGCUUGGUAUUUAUUGGCUCAAUAUUUGGAACGUGAUAGUGACAACCAGGGCUCUAUUGCUGCGUUGUGGAAGAGUAUUGGCCUUGAAGAGUCUAGAAGUGUUAGAGAUUACGUUGUUAGUCAAUGGAAGUAA